AUGAUUUUAGUGUACAAUCGUAUCAGGAGUAUAAUAUCGUCUUCUUUAGGUCGAAUACAUGUACGGUAUAAUUCUAACUCACAAAACAGAUGGCUGAAUAGACAACUGAAGGAUCCCUACACAAAAGAGGCCAAGGUCCAAAAUCUGAGGUCUAGAGCCGCAUUCAAGCUUAUGCAGAUUGAUGAUAAAUAUCGGCUUUUUAGCAAAAACAGGACCGAUCAGAGAAUUCUAGAUCUUGGGUAUGCCCCUGGGGCUUGGUCCCAAGUAGCACGGCAAAGAAGUUCACCUAAUUCAAUGAUACUGGGCGUUGACAUUCUCCCUUGUGAACCUCCGCAUGGUGUGAACUCUAUUCAAGCUAAUAUAUUGGCCAAAAGAACUCAUGAUCUUAUACGGCUCUUUUUUUCUAAGCAUUUCCAAUUGAACAGACACGAUGAUUUGCAUAAGGACCAUGGCUAUUUCCAGAACAUGCUCGAGGAGGAGCUAACCCAUGUGAAAGAUACUGAAUUGUACCGUGAAAUUUUCACCUCUGAUGACAUUUAUGAAACUCCGAAUACGAAUAGUACCCUAAUAGAACGAGAAAAAUUCCCAGUUGAUGUGAUUAUAAGUGAUAUGUAUGAACCCUGGCCCCAAACAACCGGUUUUUGGAACAACAUUACUAAUCAAGCUUAUUUUAGGAUGGCUAAUACAUCUGGUGUCAGUAUAAGAGACCAUUACCAAUCUAUUGAUUUAUGUGACGCAGCCUUAGUUACGGCUAUAGAUUUAUUACGGCCAUUAGGUUCGUUUGUUUGUAAACUAUACACCGGCGAAGAAGAAAACCUAUUUAAAAAAAGAAUGCAGGCAGUUUUCACUAACGUUCAUAAGUUCAAGCCUGACGCUUCUAGAGACGAAUCAAAGGAGACCUAUUAUAUCGGAUUAAAGAAGAAAAGAAAUGUAGAUAAACUGGACGUGUUUAGUAAUUCAUAA